AAUUAAUACAGAAGAAUGAGUACAUUAUGACCAUGGCUGAGUUGGUAGGCGGAGCUUUUCUCUCUUCUUUCCUCUCUGUUUUGUUCGACCGGAUAGCUUCCCGUCCCGUCCUCGAUUUCAUCUCUGGGAAGAAAAACGAGCUGCUCAUGAGAGAGUUGAAGCUCAAGUUGCUCACCGCUGACAAGCUGGUUGACGAUGCCGAGGAGAAGCAGAUGACAAGCCCGACCGUGAGGAAGUGGCUCGACGAUCUCAAAGAAGCUAUCUACUGUGUAGGAGAGUUGCUGGACGAGAUCAAAGCUGAAGCUCUUCGACGCCAGCUGGAAGGUGAGGAUGACCAUUCUCCUGCAGCUAGCAGCAGCACAAGCGGGAUCUCGAGAUCAGAGUCCAACCCUUCUUCUCCGUCCGAUGAAUUUCACAACUCUCUUGAACCGAAGAUAUCAAACAUUCUGGGGGUAUUAAACCUCAUUCCCAAUGAAAGAGAUGUUCAUGGUCUGAAAGAAGGAGUUCAACAUAGGCCACAAGAAAGAACUCGUCAAACUACUUCUCGGGUCGAUGAGUCUGCCGUCUUCGGAAGGGAAAAUGACCAAAAAAAGGAGCCUUGAAGCAUUACGUUUGAAUGAUCCGACUGGUCCUAAGAUAGGAGUGCUUCCCAUCGUGGGCAUGGGAGGGAUCGGGAAGUCCACCCUUGCCCAACUUGUGUACAAAGAUGUCAAGGGUGACUUUGAUGUCCAAGCAUGGGUUUUUGUCGGAGUAGAAAUUGAUAUUCUUCAAAUAGCACAAACGAUACAUGGGAAGAUCACAAAAAACCCUUGCACGAUCACAGAUCUGGAUCUGCUUUCUGAAGAAUUGGAGGAGGUUUUGACAGGAAAAAAGUUCCUCUUCGUUCUUGAUGAUGUCUGGAGUGAGGAUUAUCUUCUCUGGAAUAACUUGAUGACUCACUUCAAUAGCUGCGGAGGGAAUAUCCGAGGACGAUUCUUGGUUGUUAUUUGCAAAGCAUGCCUUCACGGAAGACAGUGUUAUUACUGCCCAUCCGUAUCUUGAAGUCAUUGGAAGGAAAAUUGUUAACAAGUGUCAAGGCCUUCCUUUAGCUAUAAAAUCAUUAGGGGGCCUGUUACACUCUGUUUUGAAUCGAAGGGAAUGGGAAAAGAUAUGGAAGAGCGACUUAUGGGAGUUGCCAAAUUAUGAGGUUUUGCCAGCUCUACGGUUAAGUUACCAAUAUCUACCUCCGCAUCUCAAACGUUGUUUUGCUUAUUGUGCAAUAUUUCCUAAAGGUUACAACUUUCAACGUUCAACGUUAAUUUCAUGGUGGAUGGCUGAAGACCUCUUACACCCCACGGGAAGGAGGCAAUGGAAGAUGUUGGAAGUGAUCACUUUGAUAUUCUAGUAUCAGGGUCUUUCUUUCAACAUUCAUUAGACGAGUUGGGUAUGUUAUGUUUCACCAUGAUUUAGCAAAGUUUGUAGCUGGAGAAUUUUGUUUAAGAUUGGAGGAAAAUCAGCCGCCCAACAAAAAUUUAUGCAAAACUCGUCACUUUGCAUUCAUGGAAUUUGGAGGUCAUGACAUUCAGAAAUUUGAGGCGCUGGAUGAGGCUAAGCACUUGCACACCUUUCUACAACUUGAAGGAGGCUACAAAGACUGCAAUAAGUUGGUAUUGAACUACACACUUGUUGAUUUAUUACCAAAUCUACCAUGUUUAAGAGUGAUCAAGUUAUCAUGUUGUGAUAUCGUUGAGUUGCCUAGCUCAAUUGGCAACUUAAAACACUUAAGGCAUUUGGACGUGUCGUACACUAAAAUAAGAGAAUUACCUGCGACGGUGUGCACCUUGUACAAUUUACACACCUUGUUAUUGUAUUUUUGUCUUGAGCUGAUUCAACUACCAACCAAUUUGGGAAGGCUAAUCAACUUGCGCCAUCUCAACAUCCGAGAAACAGAGAUCAAAGAGAUGCCUGCAGGGAUGUGUAAAUUGAAAAAUCUCCAAACAUUAAGCGAUUUUGUGUUGGACAAACAAACAGCUCAAAGGAUUGGAGAGUUAAAAGAGCUUCAGCAUUUGCGCAGAAGCCUUAAAAUCUCAGGAGUUGGUAACGUUAAGGGGAAUGCUUUGGAGGCAGAUAUCAUGAGCAACAAGGAGAAUCUGAACCUACUUUUCUUGAUAUGGGGAAGAGCUUAUGAUGCUAGUAAUCAUGAUCCAGAAAAUGACAGAGAAGUGCUCAACAAGCUCCAACCUUAAACAACUUAUAAUUAGGUCUUACGGGGGUUUAACAUUUCCAGGUUGGUUAGGAGAUCCGUAUUUCUCUAAACUAUCUCGUAUUGCACUUGGUGAUUGCAAGCAUUGCUGCUUAUUGCCACCACUUGGGCAACUACCCUCCCUCAAAGAGCUUCAUGUUCUAGGGAUGAAUAACGUGGUUGAGAUUGGUAGCGAGUUUUACGGUAACGAUACUUGUGGGAGUGCUCCAUUUAGAUCUCUACAAGAAUUGCACUUGGAAGAUAUGUUGGAGUGGGAAAAGUGGUCCUAUUACGAUGGAAGCAGAGGCAACACCACAAUAAUGUUUCCUAAUCUUCGUGAGCUUGAAUUGAGAAAUUGUCCCAAGCUGACUGAGAUAUUACCGUUGGAGAAGCUGCAAAGUCUUGAAAGUGUAAAAUUGAAUGGUCUGGAGUCCUUUAGUGGUUCACUUGCACAUGUGGAAUCUAAAUGCCCUAAAUUCCUUUCCCUCGUUCACUUGGAAAUGGUCGACUGCCCAAAUUUUGUAUGUUUUCCAGAUGGAGGGAUGGAUGCGCCCAAAUUGGAGGAGCUGCUUAUCUAUCGAUGCAAGAAAUUGAGGUCGUUGCCAGAACAAAUGCAUACCUUUCUACCGUCUCUUCAGAAAUUGAUGGUAAUUGGCUGUCCAGAAGUGGAAUCAUUUCCUCAAGGAGGGCUGGCGUCAAAUAUACAAGACCUUUUUUUUAGUGUUGUAGAAAACUCGCUGCAAACCGCUCACUGUGGGGUUUAACAAGACUCAACUCUCUUAGAAUGUUGGAAAUCAGUUUCAGUGAAGAAGGUGGAGAAGAAAUGGGAUGUUCGUUUCCGGAAGAGGGUUUGCUGCCCGCCACUCUCACUAGUCUCUCCAUCCGCUUUCAUCCAAAUCUUACAACCAUCCAAGGCAAGGUUUUGAGACAACUCACCUCUCUUGAAUACCUCAGAAUAGAAGGAUGCCCUGAGCUCCAGGGCUUUACAGAAGUAGCGCCCAAAUCUCUGAAAAGGUUGGCUAUUUUGGAGUGCCAUAAUAUCGGGUGCUUGCCAGGAGAAUGGCUUCCCACAUCUCUUUCUCAUCUGCUUAUCAAAGAGUGUCCGCUGUUAAAAGAACGAUUCCGAAGAGAGACAGGGGAAGAUUGGCCCAAGAUUUCUCACAUCCCCCGUAUAAAUAUAGAAUAGAUGUUCCUGAAAUUGGUACUUGCCGAAUUCUCUCUCAAGUGUGUGCGUGCCUAUAUGUAAUAUAUGUACGAAACACUUUAGUUGGGUACUUUUUCUGAUGUUUUUUUUUUCCUUGCGCGUUU